GAGCGACUUCUGCGAGCUCUCGAUUUCCGGAACAAGUUUUCUUCCCGCCCGUACUUACCUUCUCGCAUCAUACCUCCAGGAAGGAAAACGGUUCUUUUCAGCAAUAUCUUAGAAAUUAGAUGGCCUGACCCUGCUACGGCUGAUCUGACAAAAUGCAUAGCGGAUGGCAGUGUGAGGAUCUCGUCGGUAGAUGGUUAUGCUCAUCUUUACCUGUCAGAAUUGCAGCAGGAGUUUACAGUGGAGUUCUUAUGCAAAGUCAGCCAGUCAUCGGCAGCAUCCUCAUGCGCCUCUCCAAAGAACAGCAGCUCUCACACCGGAGAUCGGUACGGACAGCCACGUCAACACCCUGUUGCAGAGACGUCAUUGAAAGAAACGAGAGCAGGGAGUAAGCAACAUGAACGUGGUUGUGCUGAAGGCCAGUACAGAGAACCAGCCAGGCCACGGGAGCAAGAUGGAGUCCCUUUGUUCUACACAGCUUGUUCUUACGAAUACACCUGGGUUACACAGCGUUGGUCUGUUUCCUCCUACCCAGAAGAAUGGAAGUACCCUUUGUCGUUGGCACGGAUGUGCCACAACUUACGCGCCGUUGGGAACGUGGCAGAGACACGUAAGAAGAACGACCGUGUAUCUACAGAAGCUGAUGUCUCCGUAGACCCCGGAACACACAAAACAGUUUCUCGUUUACCUACAGCUUUGCCUCUCAGCUGCGGAGCUCCACAUUUACACAGAUUUAUCCACGGUAGGACAAACAUCACGGAAAUUUAUCCUGGUGAUGACUCAUUUUUCAAGUCAGAGGGAGCAUUUUUGGGAAAAUAUUUCAUGCAUUAUGCAGUCCAAAAAGGAACGAAAAAGAGAGAAGAAAGGAUGUAUUCAGUAAAAAGUCUACCUCCUGAUGUACCAGGAAAUCCGUACUCUGUAUCCUCCCUUAUUACUGAAGCAACCAAAAUACUUGAGUACUGCUACAAGACUAAGCUGUCAUUAGCUCAUAACUGUCAUCUCUGCUGCUGGAAAAUGGUACCCGAAACAGAUGGACGAGAAAUGCUGCCAGUUUUGCUGUAUGAAAAGGUUAUUCCCGGUGUAGGAAGACUUGUUGUGUACUCAGAUCAUAAAGCCCAUGCUGCUUUUUGGGAUGGGAUGACCUUGAAUAUGGUCUGGGACUUCAGCUCUUCCAGCAGUAUCAUCCAGGUAAAUGAAGAUGUAGGCUGGUGUAAGUUGACUACUCCUGAUGGGGCACAGCACCUAAUACAAAUAAGUCAUCCUGGAAUCUAUGAAAGGUACGUCAGAACAGCAGUAGAAUGGUGCAGAAGUUUGAAUGAAAAGAAGGUUCCUGAAUAUACUGCACACUCUGUAACUGAAGAAAAUUGGUCUGCUGAUGCUGAGCUCAAAAAAAUACAGAGAUUUAACUGUAUCCUUUUGAAAACU